CGAUGGGCCGGGUCGGGUGGGAUGAGGAGCCGUUAACUUUCAGAUCGCAGCAACACAGAGCGUCUCUUUCGCAAUGGGCGAAAAAAACGCGGCGGCCGUCCCCGGAAGAAUUGUCGAACUCCUGAGAAAUUCACCCAAGUGGCCGAAGAUCGUCGACGAAAUUGUGAGGAUAGAGAAAAGGGCAUUUCCGAAACACGAAUCUCUGGCCCAAUCUUUCAAUGAAGAACUCAGGAAGAACAAUGCUGGGCUUCUAUACAUGGAGGCUGAAAAUGGAGAAGUUGCAGGAUAUGUCAUGUUUUCUUGGCCUUCUUCCCUCUCCGCUUCCAUCACCAAAUUGGCAGUGAAAGAGAAGUACAGGAGGGAAGGCAUAGGAGAAGCAUUGCUCAAGGGAGCCAUUCAAAAGUGCAGGGGGAGAAACGUCCAGCGGGUGUCGCUUCACGUUGAUCCCUCAAGAACCCCGGCUGUGAAGCUGUAUGAGAAACUUGGCUUCCAAGUUGAUGCCCUUGUGGAGGGCUAUUAUUCUGUAGAUAGAAGUGCCUAUAGAAUGUACAUAGAUUUUGACUAGCCAAAUCAUGAUACAGAUCAAGUAUAUGUUAGAUGUUUUUGUGUUGGACACAAUUUCAGGCCCUAGAGCUGUAUUUGUUGCCUUUGUAAGAUGUUUGUAUUGGACUGAAUUUGAAGUUCUUUGCCUAUUUUGCAGAGGUACAUCAUUUUGCCUACGAAGGUAUUAUUAUUAUUUUAACAUGGUAUCAAUCCUUGAGACCUCAAACUAGUUAAUGUGAGUUUUCCAUUUCUUGGUAUUAAUAGAAGUCAAUGAUAAAUCAUUUUCGAAAUCAAUAGAAAAUGGUAUU